AUUUUACUAAAAAAGCCAAACAAUGUCUUCUUCUUCAUCAUCAGAAUCUAACAAUCUCCCACUGAAACCAAUUCCGGGAUCCUAUGGCUCUCCAUUCUUCGGAGCCAUCGCAGACCGACGCGACUUCUUCUACAACCUCGGCCGCGAAAAGUUCUUCACUUCCAAAAUCGAGAACUAUCAAUCCACGGUGUUCCGAACCAACAUGCCUCCCGGUCCGUUCAUCGCUUCCGAUCCAAGAGUCGUCGCCGUCCUUGACGCCGUCAGCUUCCCCAUCCUCUUUGAUGUCUCCCAAGUGGAGAAACGCGACCUCUUCACCGGAACCUACAUGCCGUCCACCGCCCUCACCGGCGGCUACCGCGUCUGCUCCUACCUUGACCCCUCCGAACCUAAGCACGCCCUCAUCAAGCGCUUCCUUUUCUCCCUCCUCGCAGCUCGUCACGACAAGGUACUGCCACUGCUUAAAAGCUCCUUGUACAAGAUUUUUAUGAAACUGGAACAAGAUAUCUCAGCUGAAGGCGAAGCAGACUUCAACACCAUCAGCGACAACGAAUCCUUCAACUUCGUGUUCAAGCUCUUUUGCGGGGUAGACCCGAACCAGACCAAGCUCGGGUCGAAGGGUCCAAAACUGAUCCAGAACUGGCUGGUAGCUCAGCUCGCUCCUAUUGUAACCCUAGGCCUUCCAAAAUUCUUGAGCCUAGCUGAAGAUCUCCUGCUUCACACCUUUCCCAUUCCGCCCUUUCUGGUCAAGUCGGCCUACAACAAAGUCUACAACGCCGUUUCCGGGUCUGCGACGGAGGCACUGGACGAAGCGGUGCGUUUAGGGCUUCAAAGAGAAGAGGCGGCUCAUAACUUGGUUUUUGUUUUAGGGUUCAACACCUUCGGAGGGGUCAAGGUUAUGUUCCCCAGCAUCAUGAAGUGGGUCGGAUUAGCCGGGGAGGGUCUACACAAGAAGCUCGCCGACGAGAUCAGGACCGUCGUUAAAGCGGACGGGGGUCUUACACUUGGAUCGUUGGACAAGAUGACUUUGACAAAAUCAGUGGUGUGGGAGGCUCUGAGGAUUGAGCCGCCGGUUCCGUUCCAGUACGCGAAGGCCAAGAAGGAUAUCAUGAUCCAGAGCCAUGACGCGAGGUUUGAGAUCAAGAAAGGAGAGAUGAUAUUCGGGUAUCAGCCGUUGGCAACGAGGGACCCGAAGGUGUUUGAGAGGGCAGAUGUGUUCGUGGCAGAUAGGUUUGUGGGGGAAGAAGGGGAGAAACUGUUGAAGUACGUGUGCUGGUCGAAUGGGCGCGAAAAAGAGGAUCCAAGCACCGAGAACAAGCAGUGUGCUGGGAAGAAUCUGGUGGUGAUGUUGGGAAGGUUAUUGCUGGUAGAAUUCUUCUUGCAGUAUGACAGUUUCAGUAUUGAAGAGAAAACGCCUGUUCUUGGACCAGCCAUUGCCAUUAAGUCGUUGAUCAAGGCCAAAAGCGUCUAAUGCACUAUCAUGUCGAGUGAUCAUGUUUCUAAGGAGGUGUUUGGCAAGUAUUUUCACAAAUCGAAAUAAACUUUUCUGCAUAUUUAUUUCGUAUACUGUAAAAGCACUUUUAAAAUCAUAAUUUUGAUUUUAUCCAAACACCCUCUAGAUUGAAGUGGUCGAGUUUAUGAGA